UUCGUAAUGGUGGUUUACUCUAAAACACGCAAAGUCUAUGACAGGAAUCGUGCUUCCAGAUAUUUAUCGAAGUUAGAAGAUAAAUAUUGUGUUAGUGAAACAAUACAUAUUUUUUUUAUAUUAAGAUUUAUAUUUUAGUCGUUUUAUCAUAUAUAAUACAUAAUGUUUGUCCUCACGGAAUUAAAGGACACGGUUAGAAUUCCACCAUGGGAAUUCAAGCGAAAAUUAAAUGAUGCUAUUGCAGAUGAACUUAAUAAAAAAUUAGCUAACAAGGUCUAUCUUGAUGUUGGCCUUUGUAUUGCUCUUCACGAUAUUACAAAAAUUGAGGAAUCAUAUAUUUUUCCUGGGGAUGGUGCAUCUCAUACCAAAGUAGUAUUUCGUUUCAUUGUGUUCCGUCCAUUUAUGGAAGAGAUAUUGAUAGGGAAGAUACGAAGCUGUAGUGUUGAUGGUGUUCAUGUAACAUUAGGUUUUUUUGAAGAUAUCGUAAUACCACCUAAUAAAUUGCAACAUCCAUCAAGGUUUGAUCAAAUAGAACAAGCAUGGGUGUGGGAAUAUGAUACAGGAGAUGGUCAAAAGCAUGACUUAUUUAUGGAUGCAGGAGAAAUUAUACGAUUCAGGGUAAUAAGUGAAACAUUCACAGAAGCGUUACCUACAGGACCAAAUAUGUCUGGGGAGACUGAAAAAUCGGAAGCUAAAACUAUAUCUCCAUAUACCUUAGGAGCUGCUAUUGAUGAGCCAGGACUUGGACUACUCACUUGGUGGGAAAAUACUUAAGAGUACAAAAAUAAGAAUUGAAACGUCUUCUGUGUGGAACGCAAAGGAAUUUGCUGGAGCUGUUGUCCUGCUCCCAACGAAGCGUCAUUUAUUCGAUGAUUAGGCAGCGCGGUAGGUGUUCACGCAAAUAAUCGAACAGCUCUUGAGACGUUCCUGGACAAUUAGUUAACUCUAGCUCGUGUAAAUGUCGAAGCUGAAUCAAGCUCGAUAAUCCGCUACUUGUGAGCAAUGGGCACCCUGUGAAAAAUUUAUGUGCUUUAAUAGAAAUGAAUUUUUACUUUUUCUCCUUUGUGAAAUAGAAUAAAU